CCAGAGUAACAUUAUUUGUGAAAAUCAAACGGACUAUAGAACACAAUAUCAUAGAGGAACUAUAAACUACUACAAUGCAGAUGAACUUGACGCUGUUCGUUGAUUUUAUCUUGGAUGUGAUAAUGCAGGUGUUCACCACACAGACGAACCAAACGAGUUUGAUAACAGCCACCUGGGAUCAUGCGAUCAAUUCCAAGGUCAAGCUACAGAGCGCCUUGACGAGUAAAUCCACAAUGAUAGAAGCUGAUGUUAUUACUGGUCAUUUGAUCGAUGAACCUCAAACAGAAGGAGAGAAAACUGACCGAAUACCAAUAAUGGGUCAUCCUCCUUCCAUAACUUCAGACUUGAGUCUUCAAGAAUUUUUAAACGCAUGGAACAAUUCUGAUAAAACUAUAAAGCUUGAUUUCAAAUCAACCGAAGCAUUUAAACUAGCCUCGCCAAUCAUUGAAAAUACUUAUAAAGAUUCGCCUCCAAACCGCCAACCUUGGUUGAAUGCAGAUAUCUUACCUGGUCCCGGUCCAGGAAAAAGUCCCGGAGUAGACGCAGACACUUUCCUGAGAAUAUCGUCAAAAAGUUUUCCUGAUUCAAUUUUAUCGUUAGGCUGGACUACUGAACGCAACGAUAAUGCCAAGUAUUCGGAGAAUCACAUAAACGACAUGGUAGACGUACUGUUUAAAAACAAAUACAUGAAACCUGUGACUUACGCGGUACGAGCGUCGUUUGCAGUCAAUUCGAUAUCGGAACUUCAAUAUCUGUUGGAGACGUCGCCGGUUGGCUCCACUCUAACCGUCUGGUGUAGUGACCCUAAGGAUAUCAUCAAUUAUCCAAAACUGGUACAGCUGAUAAAUACCGUUGGAAAAAAUCGAGUGUACCUGGAUUUACCUGAUGAAAUGUCUAAGGUUUUUUCCGAGAUGUAUUCAACGAGUAUUAAUAGUAUAGCGAGCAAUAAUGUUGGAAGCCAGUCUUUGUACCUGGCGUCAUUACUUGCGCUAAAAAACGUAUUCCUUUAAAACUUUUUCCAUAUCAAUUGGGUAAAAUAAAAAAACCGAUAGAAAAAAUACUGUAUGAUGUGUAAAUAAAUAAAUGUCUUUUGUUAUUUUAACA